AUGGCUUUGGAAAACAUUUUAUCCCGAAUGGGUUUGGAUACAAAACAACUUACUGAAAGCCAUUAUGCCAGUGGAAACCACAAAAGCAACGCUGCAAUGUCGGCUCUAACGCUGUUGGCUUUUCUAUUCUUCCUGAACAUACUACAACAAUGUCUGAAGGAUCACAUGACAGACUUGAGUACACCUCAAGUUAUGAUAAUGUCGGCAGGAAAAGAAAGUGAUGAUAACUUCGCAAAAAUGUCACUUACAAAUAAAUUUGACAAAACCGGUACCUUGUACACAGACAAAAAUAAUUUCCAAAGGGAAAGUUUGUUAAGUUUAAAAGCAAGGGACAAAGUAUCCGGCGAAGAAAACGAAUUUGAAAGUCAAUUAAAUCCCGACGAUCCUUCGCAAAAAACUUUGUUAAAAAUAAAAACCUCUGAAUACAAACCUCAAAAUAGCGCGCAAGAAUAUAAAAUUAUGAAAAAUAAUGCAAAUCAAUCUUUUAAAUUUGCUGGAUUUUACGACGAAUACGAAAAAUAG